CCUAAGAGCAACCGGAAAAGGAAGUCGAAAGAAAUUACGUUUGAGUUCACAACGCAGCCUGUGGUCAAUUUCAGAGGUAUAUACUACGUUAUUCAAAAAUUAUCCAAACCAGAGAACAAACAUUACACCGAUGUGUUUCCGAUUAGUAAUGACUUCAAAAGUUGAUAACUAUUUUCAUUAAAUGGAUUUGAGAUUUUAUUUUAUCCAGUAAGCAGGACAUUGCGUUUCAGUGCCAUAACGAUAACGGACUAUCGCUUUAUUGUUGCCGUGCUGCCAGGGUAACGAAACCCAAACACCGCCACGCACCUCGUGGUAGAGGGAGGGGGCGUGGUCGCCCUAAAUCAGGUUUUUCGUCAUCCUCUUGUAAAUUGCAGUGUAAAUGUUGUGACAACACUUCACAACAUGGUUUCAGAGAAAAGAUAAAACGCAAGUAAGCAUUACCCCCACCAAGAUGAUGUCCCCGUACGAAACUGGUACUACCUUAGCCAACUUGCAUCAUCUUGGCUCGUCAGUCGUCGUGGGAGCAGAGAAGUCCACUGACACUUCGAUUUCUUGUAGCGUGACAUGCUCUUGUUGACCUUGAGAGGAGUUGUGCGGGGGGUGAAGGGAUGUGCUAUAAAAGCGGCAUACUUUAAAACGAAAGUGUCAUUCUCGUCGAGUUGUAGCACAGUCACGAAAGCCAUGGCUACUCAAAUUCCCUUGUCAGAAGACUUUUUCUUCAGACAGCUCUUUGACAGAGAAAGCUGUACCUACACUUACUUGCUAGCAGAUACAAAUGUGAAGGAAGCAGUCAUUAUUGACCCUGUCUUUGAGCUGGUCGAUCGUGAUGUUAAUGUUGUUCGAGAGCUGGGAUUUACUGUCAAGUUUGCCAUGAACACGCACAUGCACGCCGACCACAUCACUGGCACCGGGCUGCUGAAGCGCAUGCUGCCGGGCUGCCAGAGCCUCAUCUCGCGCAACAGCGGCGCCAAGGCGGACGUGUACGUGGAGCCCGGCGAGAACGUCACCUUCGGCCGCCACCAGCUGGAAGUGCGCGCCACGCCUGGACACACCAACGGAUGUGUGACGUAUGUCAGCCAUGAGCAAGGCCUUGCUUUCACGGGCGAUGCAGUCCUCAUCCGAGGGUGUGGACGCACUGACUUUCAAGAAGGAGAUGCUCGUACUCUGUUUCACUCAGUCCACGAUCAGAUAUUUACUCUGCCAGACAAUUUUAGACUCUAUCCAGCCCAUGACUACAAAGGUCAAACUUGUACAACUGUUGGUGAGGAAAAACAAUUCAAUCCCCGCCUCUCAAAGCCAAUUGAUGAGUUUGUUGAAAUUAUGGCCAACUUAAAUCUGGCAUAUCCUAAAAUGAUGGAUAAGGCAGUACCAGCUAACAGAGUGUGUGGGCUGCAUGACAUAUAGAUAGUACAUCAUCAAUCUCUGCAUGCAUUAAUGAAAGUAGAGCAAGCUUGUUUGAUUUGUCAUGCAUCGUCUUGUAAAUAAAUAUUGUUUUGACAAUAUAAGUGUCUACCGGCUAAUACUGUUUGUGGACUGCAUGAUUUGUAAAAGACAAUAAGAUGCCUUGUCACCUUUUUCAGUCAGCAAACCUGGGUCACUUUAAUUAUAGAUGUAGGGAUUUGGAAGUUACUAAAACACUUUUUAAAAAAUUUUUAUACAGUUGUGAAAAGUAGGUGUACCUGAUAUUAUCAAUAAUGAUCUACAGCUUUAAUGAAUAAUUUUCAUGAUUGUUUAUCUGAGGUAUUCUGCACAGACUGCAAACACAAAGAACCAAAAAUGUUAACAAAUUCUCCAAUACUUCUUUCUUUCAUUUCUUCCCAUCAUUAAUUUAAAGUUAAAUUAGUGACUGAGUCAUUAGCAUCUUUAAUUAUUUUUUACAAAAAAUGGUACGUUUGUGAUUGAUAAUGUAAGAUUUUCCAAAUUUUUAAAGGUCAUAAACCAAACACAGCACGAGGAGAGUCAUUUUUAUGAUAAUUAUGUAUAAAUUGGAACUGAAAACAAUAUUGUUAUAAUUAGAUAGAGAAUAUGUUUUGCUAUAGACUAGUCCUAAAUAAAACAAAAAAGAAUACAUUUAUUCAUUUCCUGAAAUAUUUUUUAGGUCAGAACUACUUUUUUUGGGUAGCUACUCAAAUGGGCCUAGAAAUGCAUAAGUGAGAUUUAAAGAAAUGAAUUAUUAAAUGAAUACAUUGUUAUGAUUAUUUUAAAACCAUCUUAUAUUCAUAAUAUUUUCAAGUAGCGUGUAAUAUUGUAAGUAUCACAACUUCACACAUCACACUAAUAGGAUAUUUAAUGUCAUUGUAAGUGAGUGGUAGAGAUAAAUUUAUAACAUUCAAAUAUUUCAGAGACUGAAUUGUCAAAUUUUUAAAAAAAUUGUAGAAGUUCAAAGUUUCUAUGGUGUACUAAACGUCUUAUUCAUUUAUUAAGGUACUAACAUAUUGAUAUUUAUUAUUGAUUUUACCAAGCCAUAUUCCAUCUUCUAUGGCUGUAAGUAGAUUAAACACAUUGCUCAAACUGAUUUAAGAGAUAUUAUAAAAAUAUAUCAGUGAAGUAUCAGUACUUGAAGUAUCAAGUAAUAAUUUGGUACUUCAGAGUUCGCAAGGAACUAAAAAUCAAGUAUAUUAAUGACAGAAUUGUGUAGUUUUUUAUCUAUACAUUUUUUACUUUGAGAUUUUGCUGUUAUUAUAUUUAAGUUUUAUUUCCUGUCUGUGAAUACAAAAGCCUCCAAUUUUGAAAGUUGUCUUGAAGUAUAAUUAAUUUCAAAGGAGGUAGGUAAAAAAACAUGAAAUGAAGUUUGUAGAAUUUGGUUGUGACACCAGAGAUAACUAUAAGAAAAUUUUCAGUGUUCUGCAUAUGUGACUGCAAUCAAUCAUUUUCACUAAAUUUUAUUUAUGUAAGAGAUAUAAAUGUAUAUUGCAAUAAAUCUGUAUAUUUUUUUUCAAAUGAUAUAA